CAAAAGUACAAAGGAAACGCCGUUAUGACAGCUUCUUUACAUCCAUUUUGACCGCUCCCAGCACCUAUACCGUAAGCGCGCGAUUAGACGCGCAAACAAAAGAAAGUGCGGCUGGUUUGACCGUGUAUUUUCAAACCGCGGCUGGCUUGACGCAGUCUGUAAUCCGAGGAGUUUGAGUUGAUGGAUGGUGAAUUAGUCACAGAUUCAGAGCAGGAGGAUUGGAGCAGCUCAUCAGAAUCUGACUGGAUGAGUGAGACGGGAAAAAGGAAUGGAAAACAAGGGGUAAAAAGAAAGAUGAAUCAACAAAAUGGUAACAAGAAGAAAAUAUCCAGAAGUAAAAACUCUAGGCUUCCAGGGGUAGACCUAACAGAUGUCUUUCAAGAGGUCAGAAAAAAGGACCAGCUGGCUGUCCAUUGUGGAAGAAUUGCAGGUUGUCUGUACAGAAUAAAAUAUGAGAAUGGAGAGAAGUGUAUUUCAUGUAAAGGGAAAUGGUUUACACCCGGACAGUUUGAGAAGUUUGGAAGAAAAGGGCAUCACAAGAAGUGGAAGAGUAGCAUCUAUUACAAGCCAUCAAAUGGCCUUCAACAAGUUAAAUUAUUGAAACUCAUACAAAAUGGGUGUCUUUCAGAAUUUGGACAACUGAGGGAGUCAAUUAGACAGGUGACACCAACAGAGUCCUGUAAAAGAUUGUUUUCCAAGACUCUGGAAACACCUGUAUGUGGAAUUGAAGAGGAAAAAAUCCAGCUGGACAGUUCUUCAGAUGAGUCUGUAUCUGUUGCUGAAAGAGUCAAAAUGGUGACACAGACAGAAUCCCGUAAAAGAUUGUUUUCCAAGACUCUGGAAAAAUCUGUGUGUGGAACUGAAGAGGAAACAAUACAGCUGGACAGUUCUUCAGAUGAGUCUGUAACUGUUGCUGAAAGAGUCAAAAAGAACAGGAGAGAAUCUGUAAUUUUAGCUGGAACUCUCAGUAAAUGGAACACAGGACCUGAAGAAUCUACUGCCAAUGCUAGAGACAGUUCUUCAGAUGAGUCUGUAUCUGUUGCUGAAAGAGUCAAAAUGAACAGGAGAGAAUCUGUCAUUUUUGCUGAAACUGUCCGUAAAAAGAUCACAGAACCGGUAGAAUCUACUGCCAGUGCUAGAGAUUCACCUGCACCUCCUACUGAUGCUACAGAACCUGCAGUAUCAGGACAACUGAGGGAGUCAAUUAGAGAGGUGACACCGACAAAGUCCUGGAAAAGAUUGUUUUCCAAGAGUCUGGAAAUACCUGUGUGUCGAAUUGAAGAGGAAACAUUCCAGCUGGACAGUUCUUCAGAUGAGUCUGUAUCUGUUGCUGAAAAAGACAAAAUGGCACAGAACAGGAGAGAAUCUGUGGUUUUACCUGAAACUGUCAGUAAAAAGAUCACAGAACCGGUAGAAUCUACUGCUAGUGCUAGAGAUUCACCUGCACCUCCCACUGAUGCUACAGAAUCUGUAGUAUCUCCUGUCAUAGAGGAGCCUGAUCAGACCACAGAUGAAGCAGCAGCAGCUCAGCUGAACUUCAGUGAUUCUCCCACUGAUGCUACAGAACCUGCAGUAUCUCCUGUUGUAGAGGAGGCCAAUCAGACCAGACAUGAAGCAGCAAUAGCAGCUCAGCUGAGCUUCCGUGAUUCUCCCACUGAUGCUACAGAACCUGUAGUAUCUCCUGUCAUAGAGGAGCCUGAUCAGACCACAGAUGAAGCAGCGGAUGAAGCAGCAGCAGCAGCUCAGCUGAACGUCAGUGAUUCUCCCACUGAUGCUACAGAACCUGUAGUAUCUCCUGCGGUAGAAGUGGCCAAUCAGACCAGAGAUGAAGCAGCAAUAGCAGCUCAGCUGAACUUCAGUGAUUCUCCCACUGAUGCUUCAGAACCUGCAGUAUCUCCUUUUGUAGAGGAGGCUGAUCAGGCCUCAGAUGAAGCAGCAAUAGCAGCUCAGCUGAACGUCAGUGAUUCUCCCACUGAUGCUACAGAACCUGCAGUAUCUCCUGUUGUAGAGGAGGCCAAUCAGACCUCAGAUGAAGCAGCAGCAGCUCAGCUGAACUUCAGUGAUUCUCCCACUGAUGCUACAGAACCUGUAGUAUAUCCUGUUGUAGAGGAGGCCAAUCAGACCUCAGAUGAAGCAGCAGCAGCUCAGCUGAAUUUCAGUGAUUCUCCCACUGAUGCUACAGAACCUGUAGUAUAUCCUGUUGUAGAGGAGGUCAAUCAGACCUCAGAUGAAGCAGCAGCAGCUCAGCUGAACUUCAGUGAUUCUCCUGCUGAAUGGCAGAAUCCUGUUGCUUCUGAAGAGACUGAGAAGACAGGCCAGACGCAGUUAAUUAAAUUUCUGGAAAAUCAGUUUAGUACCAUGAACAAGACCCUGAAAUCAAUUGAUUUGUCUUUAAAGAAGCUGGUGGAAAAACAGUCAGAAGACACACUGCCUCAAUAUAUCUGUCUAAUUCCUGCUGUUUUUGAAAAUCCCCAGAUUCACUCCUUAGUCAAGAAGGAGCCAAUCACUGAAGGUGGGGGUAGUACUGAGGAAGCAGAACCGUGAUCUGAGAGGUUAUCAAUAAAUAUAUUAUUAUUAGAUUAUACAAGUUUGUUUUUAAUGUGUAUUUAAUAGCCAAGACAAUUAAAGACAUUUUUGAUAAUCGUUUACUGUUUUUGUCACAUAUUAAAACAAAAUAUAUUGCAGCAUUUUGUUGUUUUAAUCAUUUGCUGUUCAUUGUUCUGUUGUUUUUUUUAAUAUACAUAUAAAUAAAUUGACACGAUUAUGUAAAAAUUUUGAAAAUCUUUAUAUAUAUAUAUAUAUAUAUAUAUUUGAUAAUUAUUAA